AUGGACCAACAGUGCAAAAAUGCAUUCCACGUCACCCAUCUUUAUUGGUAUCGCAUCCCUCAAUUUUUCGGCCUGCUGACGUCAAUUCUCGGAAUGCCGCCAAUUGUCUAUUUGAUAUUCAAGAAAAUUGUGCCGCAUUUAUUCCAUGCAAAUCUCAAAGUGCUUCUCAUCGUCUUCUAUUCGACCACUUUUGCAUUUCAACUCUUCAAUUGCUAUAUUUAUAGCUAUCAUGUGAUCGUCCCAUUUCUCGCCAAAACCGAAUGCGAUCUGCUCAUCAGCAUCGAUUCGUGGCGAAUUUUGUCGUAUCCCAAUUUUCUCACGUUCUCGGCGCCGGUUUCGAUAACAGUCGCGAUCACUGUGGAACGUUUGAUCGCCUAUCGUUGCCGUAUGAAUUAUGAGCAUCGCCCGACGUUCAACGCCUACAUUCUACUGCUCAUUUGCGUAAGCCUUCCAACACUAUCAUCGCGCUUUCUCACCAAUGAGCUUCUGAUCAGCUCAAAAUUCACCAUCGGCAUCUCAUUUCUACACAAUCUCUUCUUCGGCGUCUAUCUAUCAAACUCGCUCAUUCUUCGCGUGUUCCUAAAACGAUACAUCAAUGACGAAAUGGUGAUAUUGGCGUUACGCGGGAUUUUCGUGACGAUGCCUAUCUACAAUAUGAUCGCCGGCAUAUUCGGCACGAUGCUUCUGAAUCGUUUGCGGAUUCGGAAAAGCCGAAAAUUGCAAAAAGUGGUUGCUCUUCCCUAUUCGGGCCCCAUCGGCGCGCACAAUCAUCACCAAGCGAUUCAAAAUUAUUGGGAGUCCGUUGCUCAAUAA